ACGUUCCACAGUCACAUGACUUUCUCACGAGUGAACGCUCAUUCUCUUAGACGUCUAGACAUGCUGUCUCAAGUCGUUUUUGCUCUACUUCUCGGCUCAUGUGUGGCUCAGAAUAACACUACAGCGACUACCAACGUCACGAUGACGCCGACUGUCAUGACGACACGGAUGCCGACAGAGAUUCCCAAUCCGGUUUAUGAGAAGGGAACGUUCACGUUGAACGACACCGACAACAAACCGUGCAUCGUUGCCACGAUGGCGGCGAUGCUGACGGUGACGUACAAAAAAACUGACAACGCUACCGCCGAUACGGAUAUAAUACUGCCUCAAGACAUGGUAGCAAUUAGCGGUAAUUGUGGACAAUAUAACAAUGGCAAGUAUUCUUCCAAUUUGACUUUGACGUGGGAUAACGGAUACUUCAGUCUAUCAAUGAUUUUUGAGGAGGAUUCUCCUCCAACAACACCAACCACACAACCGACAACAGCCGGUCCUACAACAAACGAAACAGAAAUGCCCACAAACACGUCGAUGCGUCACCUAAUGAGCGUCCAAGAAACGGAAGACGGAAAACAGUAUGUCUCUCAAAUGUCCUUCACAUACAACACAGCAAGCGAAUUCUUUGAGAACGCAGAAGAGGGCGUAUUCACUGCUACAACAGAUAGCGACGGCAAAUACUUCGAGGGAGAUCAAGGAACAAAAUACAAGUGCAACUCCCAGCAAGAGGUUCCGUUCGCUGAUCAGUCGGGUGUCAAAGCAAACUUCAAGGAUGUUCUCUUUGAGCCUUUCUACGACGAAUCUGAGAACAAGGAAGAAUUCGAGUGCGACCAAGACAAGGAACAAGAAGACAACAACAAGACAAAAUACAUUAUUAUCGGAGUGUGCGUAGGAGGAGGAGUGGCACUAGCACUCGUCGUAGUAACGAUCUGCUGCUGCGUCAAAAAGAAGCGUGAUGGAUACAAAUCAGUGUAACACAGAUAUCCGGGACAGCGACUGUAGAGCUCUUUUGCAUGAAAUUAGCAUUCUCUUUAGUCUAGACUGCACUUAUGCACUCGUUAACAGCAAUUAAAUAGCAAACGAUGUGCAUCUCUCUAGCUGCAUGUUUGCCGUAAUUGUAUGAAGUGAAGAGUUGAAAAGUAAGUCCUCAUACU